AUGGACCAUACGGGUGAGACGGCAGUGCAGGAUUAUCCAAGCUCCUUCACUGAAGAGUUUGUGCGCUACUGCCGCGCCCACCACCUCCCUCCGCAGCUCUUUCACGAGCUCGGCGACCUGCUGCAAGGAAUGCCGCGGUAUGUCCGCCUGCGGCCACAGCACGCCCUACUGCGUGAACACGCUGCGGAGGUUGACGAAAAAGUGGAUGAAAGUCGAAUCAAGGCCACGCUCGCUACUUCCUUUGGUACUAGUGUGACGAGCGUGCAGGCGGUGGAGUGGCUGCCGCACCCGUACUACUACGCUAUCCCUCGCGGUGUCGCGGUGAACCGUGCUACCGUGUAUCAAAGCGGUGCUGUGUCGGCGAUGGACGCUGCCUCUGUGGCAGCUGUGGUGGCGCUACGGCCAUGCAAAGGCGAGCUGGUGUGGGAUGUCUGUUGUUCCCCAGGGAUGAAACUGAGCCUCAUGGCAGACGCCAUUGGAGACAGUGGGGUGGCUGUAGGCACGGACAUCAGUUUGGACCGCCUGUUUACUACACGAUCCGUCUUAAAGAAGCAUCGAACAGGGAAUGUCUGCCUGUUCGCCACCGAUGGAACUUCCUUCUCGCUGCGACGGGCCGCAUCGGCACUUGACAGUGGGGCGUUGCCCCUGAAGAACGCAGGCAAUGGAUUGACGGUGUGGGAGGAGCGUCAGUUGAAGAGGUCUCGAAAGAGACGGCGCCCAAGCGUGGCAGAUACAGAGGGUGCUACGACUACUACUACUACUGCUGAAAUAGAUGAAUGCAAUGAACUGAAGAAUGUGACGGUGGUCUUUGCACCUGAAAACGCACGACAGCGCAUUGGCAAGAGAGGAGAAAUCAAUGACGAAGUCCUUGAAUUUGAUCGCGUUCUCGUUGAUGCUGAAUGUUCACAUGAUGGGUCGCUGGCGCACAUGUACCUUAGUGACGCGACGAGGAAGCCAUUCGCCACCGACGGCGCGAUGCCGGCGGUGAUCUCAGGAAUCGACAAUGCCCAUCGCAUGCAGCGGUUGCAUUUGGCUCCUCAGAAGAGCAAUCAACAGCUGCAAAGCGAAAAGGAUCUAUCACCUCUGCUGCUGCUCCAAUUAAGUCUCCUUCAAAACGGAUAUGAGCAGCUGAAACCAGGCGGCACACUGGUGUACUGCACGUGCUCAUUUACGUAUCAACAGAACGAAUUUAUUGUGGGAGAAAUAAUACGUCGCGUUAACUCCAGCGUUGAAAUCCAGCAGAAGUACCGAGGAGAAGCUGUGUUGUGUCACCCCUUCACAUAUCUCCACGAAAAGGCGUCUCAGGAGUCGGUGUCGCCGAUCGUGCAACUGACGGAAGCCCAAGUGGCAUCCCUGCAAGAACGUCUAGAAAAAGUUGGGGAUCCGUACGGCAUUGUGUCCGCCACGCAGAGCGAAAACUAUCUCGGCAGCACCUUCACGGGUGUGCGCUUCUGGCCCCACGCCUUUGCAACUAGUUUCCAGUUCAUAUCUAAGAUAUGGAAGAAACCGUUGCAGACCUCAGACGUCGUUUAA